AAUUAUUCACAAACAUUAAUUAACGUGUGAUAAUUGGCGUUCAGUUUUCACUCUGUCGGCGAAUUAGCGGUGAACUCGACAAGAAUCACACACAGCGAUGGGUGAACACUUUUCAUCUAGAGUUCUGAAUUGACGAUGAGUUAGUUACUACAGUAUAAAUAAUACGGAUAUUCAAAUUCAGAAACAUAAUCAAUUAUCUUCUUUACAGCAUACAACGUUGGACCAAAAUUUUAUCAUAAUGCAUUUGUGGACUUCUCCUAAAACAACUUUGGAAAAUAGCGGCACAAUGUCACCGCUCACCAAACAGCUGAUGCUGUCACUUCGCUUUGACUCUGCAGAUGAAGACCUAUCGACCGUAAUCACUCCAAACAAACUCCCCACCCCCGGGAGUAGACGGACGCCGCGGUGCAUCAACCGGGAGAUUUUCAAGGACAACAGAAAUGACGGUGAAAAAACCCAGUUAAGAAGAUUCUCUACCUUUGAGAGCAGACGUUCGUUCUUCUCCUGUAAAAGAACUUUGGACAUUUUGGAGAGUUCCCCUGAACAAACAAACAAACGAAAUAAACUAACGGAUAACCAGUCCUUCUCCAGUCUGCCUAAGAAAGAACACGAUGGUUUGACGAGCAUAACCCAGGCCAUGGAAGCUGUACUACAGAACGACGGGAUUACCGGGGACGGACAGAAAAAACUCGGUUUACCAAUAAUUCCCGGGAAUCACAAUGACCUUAACAUAAUCUCCCCAGAAACACUGGCUGAUCUAAUCGGAGGCAAAUAUUCGGAGAGCAUCGGCAGUUACCGCAUCAUCGACUGUCGAUAUCCGUACGAGUUUGACGGAGGGCACAUUCAGGGUGCUGAAAAUAUUUACACAGAGGAAGGAAUUCUAGAAUUACUCUAUUCACGCAACAAAGAUCAGGACAACACAAAGCGGCACAUUUUAAUUUUUCACUGCGAGUUCUCGUCAGAGCGAGGCCCAAAGAAGUGUAGAUUCCUCAGAAACAGAGAUAGGGACCUGAAUAAAGAAAACUACCCUUUGCUCAACUUCCCUGAAAUCUACCUCCUAUAUCAAGGGUACAAGGAGUUUUACGCCACAAACAAGACUUUGUGUCAACCUCAGAGCUACAAACCAAUGCUGGACAAAGAUCACACCAACGAUCUGAAGUUUUUCCGAAAGAAAUCUAAAUCCAUGACAGCAGGAGCCAAGAAAUUCGCUCGGAACUCCCUUAGAUUCUAAGUCCACAUACCCAGUGUUUCGAUGAGGAAGGAAAUCCCCGGACUUUUUGAAAUCCAGCAUCCAAAUGAACAUUUACAGACAAAUUCUCUUGCACAUUUUGUGACAUUUCAACCAAAUUUUUGUGUUGAUGAUUACCGUUAAUUGCUUGUUGUUUAUUUACUUUUGUUAACUGUUGUUAUUGUUACCUUAGAUGUAUAGUGCUCUGUAGUCUGUGAUAUUAUUUCAACAACGAUUGUUUAAGUUUAUCGACACCAAUAAAUAUUU